GCGGCUCAACGUGAUGUUAUUUCAAUAAUAUAAUUUAUGAUUCAGCCUUUUAGUGUCCGUAUUCUAUCCAGAUUGCAGUUUAAAAUAUCCGAAAUUUUAUCCUGGAAAAUUGGUGAAAAACGAAAUUGACGCCUUCCGCACCGGCCGCCAUGGCAUCAUUUGCGAUUGAAAAUGGCAGGAGAGAACGUAAGUUUCGCCUAGAACUUCUUUUUUUUCUGUUUAAUCCUGUCUUAAUUUUAUCUAGGAACAUGCCUAAUGUUGUGAAAUGUUCUGUUCAUGGAUGUCCAAACACCAAUAAGACGCAUCACCUCCACAAGUUUCCUCAAAACGACGUAAACAGGUGUUUGAAAUGGGUUCGACUGUCUGGAAAUCCGAAGCUUCUCAAUGUUCCAUUGAAGGAUAUGCACAAGAAGAAAAUAUGCAAAGAUCAUUUCUCCCGUAGAAUGUUUUGGAACAACACCCUGAAAACCCUGAAUAGGGAUGCAGAGCCUGACAUCCUCCGUAAUGUGACACCCCUCACUACAGACCAGCUGAUGGCUGCGAGUGAAAUUUUGGGUAAGUCCUUCCAAGUAACUUUUUUAUGAAGAUAAUCACCCUGAAAUAUUCUAAUGAGAUGAAAAGUUUCUCUCCUAGGUGACCGCUGUAGGAGC